CAUGGAUGAUGAAGACGGCCGGUGCCUGUUAGAUGUCAUUUGCGACCCUCAGGCCCUCAACGAUUUCUUACAUGGCUCCGAGAAGAUUGACAGUGAUGAUCUCCUGGACAACACAGGAGAUGCAGCCAGCGCCUUCUUUGAAGGUGCUGGGCUCCACGUCCAAGAAGCCUCUGGCACCCACCUGAGCUCGGAGCAGAACCAACCAGCCCCCAGCGUGGACCUGGACUUUUUAGAAGAUGACAUUUUGGGGUCCCCUUCGGGGGGCGGCGCCGGCGGCGGCUCUGGCGGCGCCUCCUCUUCCUCCUCCAACCUCCCCAACUCGGAGCAGCCCUGUGACAUCCUCCAGCAGAGCCUCCAAGAAGCCAACAUCACCGAGCAGACCUUGGAGGCGGAAGCAGAGCUGGAUUUGGGUUCUUUCCAGCUCCCCACCCUCCAACCCGUCGUCCAAACGGCCGCCGACGGCACCCCCCAGAUCUUUUCGGGGGGCACCGACCUCAUCGGCCUCCAACCUCCCGCCGUCCUCGCUCACCAAACCUUGGUGCAACAGCCAGUCGGGGCUGACGUGGUCAACAAAGCCAUCAGCGUCCAACCUUUCCUUCAACAGGUUGGGUUGGGCAACGUCACCAUCCAACCCAUCUCCAACCUUCAGGGUUUACCCAACGGCAGCCCCGGCGGCGCCUUGGGCAUCGGCCCCAUCCAAGUGGUUGGUCAACAAGUGAUGGCCAUCAACCAACCUGCUCAACAGAUCAUUGCCAAGCAGGUUCAACCUUCUCAGGUGGCCACGGUGCCGGUGGGUGGCUACAUCACCCAACCGGCGCCGGAGCAGCAGCAGGUCACCCUCUCCUCCGCCGGCGUCUCGCCGCAGAACGCCGGCUUGGUCAUCCAGAAGAACCUGCAGACCGUGGCCACCACCACCCUCAACGGCAACUCCAUGUUCACCCAAAGCUCUCAACCCCUCACCGUCACCUCCAACCUCAGCAGCCCCUUGGUCCAAACCCAAAACGUCAUCAUCCACCGGACGCCCACCCCCAUCCAACCCAAACCCGCCGGCGUCCUCCAGCAGAAGCUCUACCAGAUCACCCCCAAACCUUUCGCCUCCAACAACGCCACCCUCACCAUCCAAAACGAAACCUCCCUCCAGCAACCCAAAACACAACAGAACUUGACUUUCAUGACCGGCAAACCCGGCCAGAACGUCGUCCUCUCCGGUUUCCCCCAAGGGCUCCCUGCCAACGUCUUCAAGCAGCCUCAGCCUCAACAGCAGACCCUCAACAAGCCCAUGAGCGUCCACCUCCUCAACCAGGGCAGCAGCAUCGUCAUCCCUGCUCAGCACGUCCCUCAGGCCAUGCUACAGGGGCAGAACCAGUUCCUCCUGCCGGGACAACUGGCCGGUGCCUCGGCCGUGCAGAUCCCUCAGCAGCUCUCGGCGUUACCGGCCAACAUGGGGGGUCAGAUCUUAACGGCGUCCCACCCGGCUGGCCAAGCUCACAUCAUCACCAGCCAAGGGCCUGGUGGGCAGUUGAUCACCAACCAAGCUUUGCCAGCUCAGAUCCUCACCAACCAGAACUUGGCCGGUCAACUCAACCUGGGCCAAGUGUUGACCUCGCAGAACGCCCACGGCACCGCUCACAUCCUCUCGGCGCCCAUCCAGCUCCAACCCGGCCAAGUGGCUCAACCAACCCUCUUCCAGAUGCCGGUUUCUUUAGCUGGCAACUUGACCACCCAAAGUCAACCUUCAGUAGCCGCUUCCUUGAGCCAAACCGGCCAGACUGUCAUCCAAGGGGUCACUUUACCCAACCAAGUGGCCACCAUGCAAGUGGCGACCGACAACCUCGGCCAAGCCGUCAGCAUCCAACCGAACGCCGCGGCCACCAGUAGCCAAAGCCCAGGGCUUGGCCAAACCCAACCGGCUUCGGCCUCGGGUCUGUUACCGAGCGCUGAGCCAUCCUCCAUCCUCGCCGUCCAAGCCCAGGCGGCUGCUCCUCUCCAGCUCAACGUGCCACCUCCUCCAGCCCAGCAGCCAACUCCUUCCCAGGCCAGUCCCAGUUUGGCUUCCAGCCCUGAGAAGAUCAUUUUGGGUCAAACCGCCGCCGGUGCCGUCAUCAACCAGGAUUCCAUGCAGAUGUUCCUCCAGCAGGUGCCCCAGGGGAUCAUCCUGCAGACCAAGCAGCCUCCUGCCACCAGCCAGCCCUCGCUCGGCCCCUUCAGCGCCGCCUCCUCCGUCCUGGUCAGUGGCCCCGGGCAAGUGGCCACGGCCACGGCCACCACCACGGCGGCCACGGCCCACGGCCACGCGGCACCCGCUGCCCUCACGCCCUCCACUGCAGGCGUUACCCCUCCGGUUCCAGCCGACACCAAACCCUUCGCCGCCGGCUCCGCCACGAUUCCGGCCGGGAAAGGGGCCACGGCCCCGGGGAAGGCGCCGGCUCCUCUGGGCAUCCAGCAGCCUGGCCAGUCCAAACCCGGCGUCAUCAGCUCGGUGUCGGGCCUCAGCCUGGCCAAAGGGCCUCUGCAGAUCCAGGUGGUCGGCAAAGGCUUGUCCCAGCUCGUGCCCUCGGUGCAGGGGCAGCAGCUGUACGACGCCAAGCUGGGCCUGAAGAAGGCGCCGCUGCUGCAGCCCAGCAAGGAGGCCUGUUUGCUGGAGCAGCUGCACAAGCACCAGGGCUCGGUGCUGCACCCCGACUACAAGAGCUCGUUCCGCUCCUUCGAGGACGCGCUGCAGCGGCUGCUGCCCUACCACGUGUACCAGGGCACGCUGCCCUCGGCCCGCGACCACCGCCGGGUGGAUGAAGAGUUCGAGGUGGUGUCGGCGCAGCUGCUGAAGCGGACGCAGGCCAUGCUCAACAAGUACCGGCUGCUGCUGCUGGAGGAGUCGCGGCGCGUCAGCCCCUCGGCAGAGAUGGUGAUGAUCGACCGCAUGUUCAUCCAGGAGGAGAAGACCACGCUGGCGCUGGACCGGCAGCUGGCCAAGGAGAAGCCAGACGAAUUCGCCUCCUCCCGCCCUCCCCCUCCCUCUCCCCUCCCCCCUCCCUCCUCCUCCUCCUCCUCCUCCUCCUCCUCCUCCUCCACUCCCCCCAUCCCCCCUGCCCCCAUCCCCCCUCCGCCUCCCCCUCCCCGCCUGGUCAUCAAGCACCGCGCCGGAGGAGCGCCGUCGGUCACUUGGGCUCGGGCGGCUCCCGGCACGCCCCCGACGCCGUGGGACGGCGACGACGACGCUUUGCCCUCCCGCAGCCGCCCCCCCAUCAAAACCUACGAGGCCCGGAGUCGAAUUGGCCUCAAGCUCAAGAUCAAGCAGGAGGCCGGGCUCAGCAAAGUCGUCCACAACACCGCCCUGGACCCCGUCCACCGCGACGCCGACGCCGCCAACGCCGCCCAGCUCAACGGCACCGGCGACCACGGCCGGCGCCUCGGCCCCCACUGCCGCCUCCCCCUCCGCAAAACCUUCCGCCAGAGCCUGGACGCCGAGCCCCCGGCUCCACCCGACCCGAAAACAUCCCCCCUUGCCCCGUCCCACCACCACCACCACCACCACCACCACCACCACCACCACCACCACAAAACGCCGGACGCUUCGGAGAAAAGCCCGAAACUCCUUUUCUGCCCCCGAAACGACGGCCGGGGCGGCGGCCUCGCCCCUCAGAAAGCGCCUCGGCCUCGGGACGACGACGGCAGCGACGGCUUUUACGGCUCCUUGAUCAAACCCGACCCCCCCGACGUCGAGCCGGAGGCGCCGGCGGCGACGUGGGGAGCGGGAAACGUCACCUCCCUCCCCCCCAAACGCCGCCGCGCCUCGUCGCCGGAGAUGGACAACGCCAGCUUCUCCAGCGACAGCCCCCAGGACGAUUCCCUCACCGAACACCUCCAGAGCGCCAUCGACAGCAUCCUCAACCUCCAACAACCCACCUCCUCCUCCUCCGCCGUCACCGCCGCCGCCGCGCGGCCGCCGUCGUCCUACAACUCCUCGUCGUCUCCCUUCUCGUCGUCGUCGUCGUCGUCGCCGCCGCGGCGCCGGGCGGACGCCUUCCUCCCCCCUCAGCACAACGGCGGCCUGGGCGCCAGGACGUUGAACAGAUAACGAGAUGGCGGUGGGAUUUUGGGGUGGGGAAGGGUUGAGGAGAAGGGGGUUGGUGGUGUCGUGUCUCCCCCAUGUGACGGCUACUGAAGCGGCCUCCGUAGGCCGCCCGCAGCCCUCACACCUCCCUCCCCGCCCCCAAAACCGUGUAAUUUAGGAUUCUCUUAAGAAAAAGGUGAAAAUUCCUCGCAGAA